UGCUCGAAAGCUCGAGGACGACGCUAGGAGGGAGCGCGACAGGAGGGCGCUGAGACUCGCGGAGACCAAGGUUAGGACCCUCGAAGGGGUAGUGAAAGGAGCACGUAUUCAAGCUGCAAAACAAUCCGCGCAGGCAGCUCUGACGGCGGCCCGGGAGGCACUCGCCGCAAUCCGGCAGAGGAUCGAAGCGGCGGAGCGCAUCUGGACGAACCGAGGCAGUCAGGUCGCCGAGGAGGAGCGACGGAAGACCGACGCCCGAUGGGCCCCGCCAGCCAUGAAAGGACUUCAGAGCCGCAUGUCUGAAGCGAUUCGUAGCGGCGCGCCCGGAUCAGCGAGACCCGCCGGAAAAGCCGCGAGCCGCACGGGUCCGCUGGAGGCCGACGUACAGCGGGUCGUGAAUGAGUUCGCUCCGAACGCGCGGCGAACCGGGCGAAAUGUGCCCCCGCAGGAUGAAGGAGGGGCCGGGGAUAAGCGUGAACGUGAGAGUGCGCCGAAGGAGAGCGCGCGGAAUCGAGGAGUGAACGAUGCGCGCGAGCAAGAAAACAGGAGGAAGAAUCGAGAAAGAGAGGAGGUGCUGAAGCUGCGAGCGGACGCAAAGAAAGAGAGGUUAGCGAGACGAGAGGAGAAACCUACGUCGCAGCCCGCGAUGCCCACUUGGAUAGAUAAAUUGAAAAGACUCGUCGAAGGGGCGAAGCGAGAGGGGAUCGCGAGGCGGCGAUUGAAAGGGGACGAGAAUCUCGACGCAUUCUUGAUUGCGAACGAUCGGAACAUACCACUCACCGCUCCGAUCAUCAAACAGUUACUCCUCAAGUACCACCCCGACAAGGCAUCACCGAUGGGUCUCAAUCGUAAUCGCCGUAAGGUCGUAACACAAUUGCUGAUCGAGAGGCUGAAGAGCCCGGACACGAAGGAGUCCAUGGCUCCGCCCCAUGAUCCGGCUCCACAGCGGGCUCCUUCUCCUCGACCGACACCCCAGCGACCCUACCAAUACCAGGCAGACGCGGAAACUGAAAACCAGGAUGCACGUUCGUAUUGGGGAUGGGGAUCGUUCUGGGGAUCCCCACGCCGGAAUGAUCCGGGUUUCGACCCGCGACGAGGCGCCGCCCCACGGCGAGGACCUCCUCAAAAUUCGGGCUACAAACAAGACAUACCGAAUGACUUUGAACAGCGACGGAGCCGAUGGGCGUUUUCCUGA